AUGACCCGCCCCGACGCUCAAGCAAUCCCCUAUCAAGGCCCUCCCCUCCCCUCCGUCCCCCCCGACCUGGUGGUCGCCAACAUCCUCGACCUGGAAAGCUUCGACAAACGAUACUGGGUCCCCCAGGCUGAAGGCGUCUGGUUCCGCCCGCUGCUCUUCAACGUGAGCCAGGGCUACUUUGUCAAUCUGCUGCGUGUGCGCCGCUCCGGCAUUCUAAGUCGUCAUCGCCAUACGGGGCCCGUCGCCGCGACAACCCUCAAAGGUCGAUGGCAUUAUCUCGAACACGAAUGGUGGGCGGAACAGGGUUCCUUCUCGUACGAACCCCCGGGAGAUAUACAUACCCUUGAAGUACCCGAUGGGGUGGACGAAACCAUCGUCCUGUUCCAUGUCACGGGCGCGUAUAUCUAUGUUGAUCCCUUGGGGGAGGCGAUUGCCACGGAGGAUGUGUUUUCGAAACUCGCCACAGCAAAGGAGUAUUAUAAGAGUAUUGGUUUGGAGGGCUAUGAGCAGCAGUUUAUUCGAUAG